ACUUCCGUGUGAAAUAAAAUGGCGGGAAACAGCAUGUAAACAUCAACCCUCAAAAUAUGGAUUUUGGCACUGAAUGGAACUCUUUCAGUAAUACUAGAAACGCAUUAGCUGAUCUUGAAACACAUUUUAAAUGCAAGACAUGUACCCUGUUUGCUGUCAGCCCUGUCACACUUGGUGGAUGCGAACAUAUUUUCUGCAGCUUAUGUUGUGAGACAUACCUUGGAGGAUCAUGUCCCGUGUGUAACAUCCCGGCAGACGUGCGAGAUGCUGACGUUGACCGGCAGCUGUUCACCCUUGCCUCCCUGUGUCGGUCACUUCGCCAGGUCCUUGACCGUGAUGGACAGCAGCUAUGUGGGUCAAUUCACCAGGUCCUUGACAGUGAUGGACAGCAGGAGAUGGACAUGGGUCAAGGUGACCAUUAUGUUAUUACAAGUUCAUCAGAUGUGCCUAUACAAUGUACACCUAACCAACCAAUACCCGGAUGUAAGUCUCAUGUUGGUCACAAUCACGUGAUCCAGAAUGAGCCUAUAGACAAUACUGAACUCUCUGGUGAGAUAGAAAACCGUAACAAGAAAAAAAGGAAAACAAGAACUUCUUCUAGCCUAGAAGUAACAGCUAGCAUUUACAAACCUAGCCCUGGUUUUGAGAAAAGUAAGCCAAUUACAAGUACAAAGAAAUCGAAACCUUUCAGAAACACAACCUCAAGUAAUGGAGGCCGAGAUUUACCAAGUGACCAGACUUCAACUACCCAGUUUUAUGAAUGUGACAGCGAUGAAAAUGAUCUGGAGAUGGUCAAACAUACAGAAUCAAAGCAAUUAAAAGAUAAAAGAAAAACACAAGGCAUGAAUAAAGAUAAAGACCAACGAUUGGAAAAAGGCAGAAUAGCUGGUGCAGUCUCGGACAGAAAAACCAGACUUCGACAUAGUCUGGACACUGGCUUGGCUAAAACUAAGAAAACCAUUGAUGGAAUUGGAGAGAAGAGUGAAAAAGGACUAGAUGUGGAGAACAUGGAAAGUUUUGUUAAUACUUGCACUACACUUAGACGUAGAUCAUCAAGGAAAAAUAGCAGUGGUACAAAUAAUUUGAAAGGGCCAGAAGAGAAUGAAUCAGAGAAUAUUAUUACAUCAAAGUCUAUCAUAAAAGAAACAAGUUCACAGAAGGGCAAUAAUAAGAGUGUCAUCUCUACAAAAACUGUUAAUAUUAGCAAGAAAUGGGAAAAACUUGCUUUAGAAUCUGAAAAAUUAGAAUCUGAAAAAGUCGGCACUUUUAAAACUGAAGGUGAAAAGACAUGUUCAAAGAAGAGCCACAGAAGGGCUUCUCAAGGGGCUGUGGAAGACCAGUUUGGUGGGCCUGUUAGCAGCAAGAAGGCUAGAACAGCUGCACGGCCACUGGAUGGGAGGGAUGGAACUAAACCUGCUGCUAAACCUGAUCAAUCACAAACCCCUGUGGCAGAAAGGAAAAUCGGGGAAAAGAGAAAUUCACUAACCCCAAGCACCCCUGUUGGAAGAUUGGCAUCCAAGUCACAAGGUUUGACUCUGUCGCCAGCUCUGAACAAGCGGAACGCUAAGGGAGAGACACAACUGCAGGUGGCAGUCAUCAAGAAUGAUGUUAGGAGGGUACAGGAGCUGUUGGCGCUUGGUGCCAACCCAAAUGUGCGAGAUAAUGCUGGCUGGACCCCUCUGCAUGAAGCAUGUAACCAUGGUUACUUGGAUCUUGUUGAGCUGUUACUUGACUCUGGGGCAAUGAUCAACGUGCCGGGCCUGGAGAAUGACACACCCCUACAUGACUCUGUCACCAACAGUCGGCUAGACUGUGUCAAGAUGCUGGUUUCUAGAGGAGCCUCCCUUACUGUCAGGAACAUGCAUGGGCAGACAGCAGUGGACCUGGCCCAGACAGAGAGGAUGAGGGAGGCACUGAGGACCCCUGUUAUCUCUCAGGCUGUCAUGGAGGCGGAACAGCCUGUUGAUGUGCUGGAGUACCAGGCCCCCUGUCUGCUGGGAACCGGUCUGUCUAGGGAAGAGAAAGUACAGCUACAGAAGACUGUGACACAGCUCCAUGUGAAACUGGCUGACGAUAUCAGUCCUCAAGUGACGCACAUUGUGACGAAGGUGAACAGUGAGGGAAUGUGUCCUCGUACAAUAAAAACAGUGAUUGGAAUCCUCACAGGAAAAUGGAUUGUUAACAUGGAUUGGAUAGAAACCAGUCUUCAAAUGGGAAGUCUGGUUUACGAGGAAGCGUUUGAGGUGCCUGGAACCAGUCUGUAUCCUGGCUCACUGGCCCCCAGCAAAGGACGCAAAAACAGGCAACAACAGCUUCCUGGGCUCUUUGAUGGCUGUAAAUUCUACUUUAGUGGCAGUUUUGAGUUUGCAGUCCCCUCCAAAGAGGACUUGACUCGAAUCAUUACCUCAGGCGGCGGAUCCAUUCUGAGCAGGGAACCAAAACAAGGUCACCUUGACAAUGACCUUGUGAAGGUCCCAUACCACGCUGACCCUAGCGGAGAUCUUGGACACUGCUGCGUGUAUGUCAUCUAUGAGAACUUGAAUGGUCUCGCCCCAAUCAAAACAAAAUACAUCUGUUCAGUGACGUCUGCUUGGAUUAUGGAUAGUGCAUCAAACUUCAGACUAACGCCCCUAUCUUCUGUUGGUUAAUCUCAUGACAUUCAUAUACUUGCAUGUAGAAUCAAUGACUGAAGUUUAAAGAGGAUUCUGAUACAUGUAUGUACCAGUGGAUAAUCAACUAAACUAGGUUUUUUUAUUGUCCAACAAUAUGAACCUGAUUCUGAUCGCUAUGCAUGGAUAUAUAAGGAUAAGAUUAAGAGUUUCUGUGACCAAUUUGUGCAUUCUCCGUCACAUUUGUGACAAGCUCAGCAAUAGUUGCCAUCAUCCAUUUAUGUGAUGAUAAUCCAUUUCAAAAGCCAUAGUAAUUGUAUGUUCACAUGUAGGUAAGUGGUGGAGGUGCAUACUUUAUUGAGAAAUAUCUGUUUGAAUCCUGACCACCAGCAAUCUUUGUUCUGACUAUAGACCCAAUAUUCCUUACAUAUAUACAGUAAAUUAACAACAACAAAAAACACAAAACCUUUCUUUUUUCUUUGUUUAAGGCUUCAGGGAAAAUAAUUUUACAUGUAAGCCAUAAAAAAAUGAAACGGUCAAAUAAAAUCUGCUUAACUGUGCAUUUGAUCCACUAGAUAAUACAAUAAACAGAACUAUACGA